UGACAUAACAUUGAGGUUUGGUAGCUAGCUAACUGUUAAGUUUUAGCAGUGGUGUGUUCGACAAAUUCUGAUUUAAUUUAGCUAGCUAACGGAAUAUAUAUCCUAGCUAGCAAUAUCAUAUUUAGCUAGCCUUAGUUUGUAAGCGAAUGUUAUGAAUUAAUUUCGCCUUUCUUUUAAUUGAUUAUGUUUGGAGAUGUUGGCAUAAGUUAGCUAACUGUCUAAUCGAAAAAAAGAACGUGUAAAGUUCACAAUGUCGGUUGUUAAAGGGGAUUCUUCAGACACAUCACCGGUCUUGUUCCUAAACACAAAAGGGGAACCCAUGCGCUUCUAUAUAAGGCCCGGUCCAACUAAGAUUCAGCUUCAGCCUUUAAUAACACGCAGUGGAGGAGUUCUCUGUCGGACCCAGGAGUCCAGUGCUAUUUUGCUGGCAGACCCUGGAGAGACUAGCAUCGCCAUGGAACGAGCCAGACAGUUCUACAUUUCAACUCAGUACAUCCAUGACUGCGUGGUGCAGAACCAGCAGCUGGAUAUAGAAAACUAUAGAUUCAGUAAUUUGCAGCCGGCUCUGACCAGGGCGACUGCACGGAAGCACAGAGGUCAGGGGCGCAUGUGUUACUCCCUUGAAGAUGAUGCAGCGAUUAUAAAUUUUAUUGCCAAGUGUCGACAUGAAGUGAAGGGCAACCGGGUCUGGCAACAAAUGGAGCGCCAGGGCAUCACCACCCACAGCUGGCAGUCUAUGAAGGACCGAUUUCUGAAACACCUCCAGUAUAAGAUAUCUGAUAAAAGCCCUGUGAGAAAGCCAAAAAAGAUUCCCAUAGAAGAGAGCUCCUCCUCUGAGCACAAUAUAUCUCAGACCUCACCAGAACCUCAUAUGCUAAAGAAGACACCCAACAAAGCACUGAUUACUUCCUCUUCUGAUUCAGACACCACACAGGUCACCCCUGAUGUUCUGGGGUUGACUGAAGGCAGAGCGGCAGACCACACCCCUCCCAGGUCGUCACCUAGGAAACGUAACGCGCAACAGUGUCCAGGUUCAGGAAAGGACAAGCCAUAUCCCCCGAGUGACGUAGUCAAGGAGACGCUUAAAGGGGAUAAACCAGAUCAAGAGUGUCUACCUGAGGAACUGCAGGACCAGCAAGACAGUGAGCAACCUGAAAUCUCACCUAAAAGAGCCAGAGGAGACAAGGAUGCGACUGGGGGGAACGCAUCAGGACCAGAAGAUCAAUUGGUGACUCCACGCAAGAUCAGACAAAAAAAUCCCGAAAGCGCUACAUGCUCUGAGAAGAAGCUGGGCAUACUUGAAAGAGCUGCCAGAGAAUUUGAGGACUCUCAGAGUGAUAAUGGAAGUCUGGAGGACUCGGAUUCGGAUGAGUGUCAGAUUAUGGCAGCACGUGAAAUGGCUGUAGGGGACCAGCAGGUGGAUAUCCAGCAUCCUAAAGAUGGGGAACCACAUUUACCUGCACCCUCAAAGGGCAAAGGCACCCAGGGGCAUGAGGACAAUGACCCAGGUCCCAGCACUGCCGCCAUCCCCAUAACAUCCAAUGUCCACAUGUUUCUCUUUGACCAGGAGUCCCAAGAAGACCUCACCCAGCUUUCUCAGGAAGAAGGGCUGUCCAAGGACUUGUUGGAGGCAAAGCAACAUGUGGUUAAUUUGAUGCAGGAAUCUGAGAAGGACCUGGUUGAGGUUAUGAAGGCGCUGUUGAAAGCCAGCGGUGACGUGUCUCUGGCUCUUACAUAUUUGCUUGGAGGAUAUGACCGUAAUGUACACAGACCCAUCUGGACUAGGCAGGAUGAUGAGAAACUUCUCUCAUGUGAUUCUUCUGCGCUUCCACAGCUUCAGGAGAAGUAUGGAGCACAGGGAAUAUCAAAGAGACAGGCUUUUCUCAAAGCAAUGUGAAUCGUGACUGUGGUUUAUUGUACAAAAGCACAGUGUUAUUUUAGUACACAGCCUGAAAUUUAUACCUGAGGAAAAAUUAAAAUAUAAUGUUUCUUCUUGUUUUAGGUAGACCACAUUUUAUCCUUUUAGCGACUGUAGUAUUGAAAUACAUGUCAUGAAUGUGGGAAGAGUUUCCAUACUACUUUUUAAAUAUUUUUUUUAAUGAGACAAGCGAAAUAAACUUGUUAUAAUUAAAGCGA